AUGAGUAACUUGACGGUUACAAAUUCGACUUUCAACGAAGGUUUUUAUAUCUCUAGUUUGCCUCUAUUUGUACAAUGUAUCUUUUUAUUCUUAUUUGCUAUUGUUGUCCUAUUAGCUGUCUGUGGAAAUAGUAUUGUUAUUUGGAUUGUUCUUGCACAUCGUCGUAUGAGAACGCCGACGAAUUAUUUUCUUGUUAAUCUUGCUUACGCGGAUGUACUCAACGCACUUUUCAACAUUCCGUUCAAUGGCUACUAUAUGGUAGCUCAAACUUUUUGGCCGUUCGGAAGUAUCAUGUGCGUGCUAGUACAAGCUGUUUCUCAUAUAUCCAUCGCUGCCAAUGUUCUCACAUAUGUGGCUAUUAGUUUAGACAGAUAUUCGGCAAUUAUUCAUCCGUUGCGUACAAAACUAACUCAUACACAAACGAUUAUGAUCAUCUGUGGUAUAUGGAUCAUGUCUUUACUUGUCUCAUCCCCAGCGAUUCGAUCAUUCAGUACAGUCAAAUAUGAUUGCAAAAUCGACGAUAUUGAAAGUCAUAAAAAGUUCGAAUGGAUCUUCUUUUGCGUGACUUACAUAUGCCCAAUUAUGAUUCUAACAAUUACUUAUAUGCGAAUAGCAGUAGAACUUUGGGGACAAACUGCUAUUGGAGAAGUAACAGCACGUCAACGAGAUUCCAUUCGAUCGAAACGAAAAGUAGUUAAAAUGCUCAUCGCUGUCGUGCUGAUCUUUGGAAUUUGUUGGUUUCCUCAACAAUUAUAUUUCAUCCUCGUUUCGAUCUAUGAAACUAUUCCACAAUGGCCGGGUACGCCCUACGUUUAUCUUAUUUCGUAUUUCUUUGCCAUGAGCAAUUCAAUGUACAACCCCUUUCUCUAUUGUUCCAUGAAUAAUCGAUUUCGAAAUGGUUUUCGUAGUGCAUUUCGCUGUUGCCCGUGUGUCAAGUGGUCGCCUGAAUAUGCCACCGUAGGUCAUGUUUCCUGUCGCAGUGGAUCUGAACCAACAGCGCUCAGUACACUCUACUCAUCUCAGCGUAAAAGUCGAACAGUUGGUUCAGCAAAUUCUCCGCAACAAUCGAUUGUUACAGAAUUGUCUGUCAAUUUCACUCGACAUCCACGACAAUACGAAACAAAAAAUUAA